AUGAUAUUCAAUAUACUAUCUACUCUGUUGGCCGCAAAUGCCAUUAUUUUCUCAAUCGCAACAGCUGAAGUUAAACCUUAUGAAAAAAUUGCUUUUACAAAUGUUGGAUUUGAUGGUACAUACUUUCCGGUGAAAAAACUUUCUAACAUCGACAGUGAAACAAAAUGUACUUGUGAAGUUGCAGAUAAAGUGUGGUUUUCUGGUGUUAAUGCACCAUUAUCUGAUUAUCUUUCUGUUCACAUGCGUGGACCUUUAUCUUUAUUCAAGUUUGCAUUUUAUAGUAGCCCUUCCUUCAUUGUGAAUAACGACAGAUCUUCUCAAGAUUGGACUCGUCAAGCCUAUUAUGAUGCUAACUCCCAGACUAGCGAAAACAUUACAUUUUUAGCCAAGGCUGGUAACGAUUCUCCAUGUUUAGGUAAGGCUUUAGUAUAUGCUGCUUCUGAUGGUAGAUCUGCAGCUUCCAAAUCAACUAUUUUAAGCAGUGACAAUAAAUUGAGUUCCGAUCAAGAAUAUGUUAUUUAUUCCAACGUUUCUUGUCCUAAAUCCGGUUUAGACAAGGGAUGUGGAGUUUAUAGAAAUGGUAUCCCAGCAUACUAUGGUUUUGGUGGUGUUACGAAAAUGUUCCUUUUUGAAUUUACUAUGCCAACCGAAACAGCUAAAAACAGCAGUAGCUUUGAAUACUAUGAUAUGCCAGCAAUUUGGCUAUUAAACGACCAUAUUGCUAGAACCUCUCAAUACCCAACUAAUGAAAAUUGUUCUUGUUGGGCAAGUGGUUGUGGUGAAUUUGAUAUCUUUGAAAUCAUGAACGGUACCGAAAAGAACCACUUAUAUUCGACUUUCCAUACUUAUCAAGGAAUUGAAGAUUUAGCCAUCGGUAUUCAAUCAUAUGGUUACAUUCCAAGAGAUACUAAAAAUACUAUGAAGGGCGGUGUUUUGUUUGAUUCUGCAGGCAAUACAAUAUCCUUCAUGUCUGAUGAUAUCACUUUUAAUAGUACCUAUGCAGUUGCUGAUAUUAACCGUGUGUUAUCUUCUAUCCCUGUUAACGAAACUUACUCUAGCCAACUGUUGAGUGUUGAUGUCACUGCACCAACCAGUACGUCGAAAUCAAACGCAGUAUCUAUACUAAGAAUCUCCAAUGGUAUUUGGUAUUAUAUAAUAACACUCUUUACCGCAAUGGCACACUAUAUGUUCUGA